AUGAACGAUAGCUGGCCCGGCGAGCCCGAUUAUUCUAAGAUCGGGGAGCCAUUCGUCGUCCCGGAGGCGCAUGCGGGGGAUUCAGAUCGACCUCCCGGGGAGUGGGCACGGUAUAUCUGGCAGGCCGCUUUCAGAGUUGCUCGCAGGGGGGAAUUCCUGAAGGGCCAGCUCCCCAUGCUGUUGAAAAAGGAACCGGUCCGGGAGCUUAUGGCUCGCGUGCGUUACUUCGCGGGUGGCAGACGCAAGGAUGAGAUACUUGGCAACCACCGGGUCAAUGUCGAAUCUGCGGCGGUCUUUUGCCAGGGAGAGGUGAAGACCAAUGAACAUCGGUGCGAUAGCUGUCUGCAGGGAUGGGGCCCCUGGUGUGUGCAACUACAGGAGGGCGAAGGAUAUCUUAGUGCCUGCGCCAACUGCAUCUGGAAUGGACAAUUUGAGCGAUGCAGCUUGUGGCAGCGUGCGCAGGCCCCUUCGACCCCGGGGGAUCAAAACCGGGGCCACCAACGCAACAAGCGCUCAAUCAGCAAGAAAACGGCCUAUGAAGCAUGGGCAGACAUGAAACGCAAUGUGGAUAUGGUGGAAGAGCUCGCAGCCGAGAUUGCGGAGGCUCACGCAACUCAGCAAUGGGCAGUGGUAGGUACGCUGGUAAAGCAGCAACAGCGCUGGUUGGAUAACCUUAAGCGCCCACGUGGCAUUCUGGACCAAGUCCACCCCGCUGAGCCUAACUCGCCGCAGCAACCUGAGGGAAACUAG